AACACAUCCUAAUGUUGACGUAGGAACUGCCGGCGUAUGCCUUUUUCCUCCAGAAUACAUAGCUACAGCGUGUCAACGAGCUAGCCAUAUAGCUGACUAAGAUCCCCCACCCCAAUUAGGCUUUUUUGCCGACUGAGGAAGAUGAGGCUGAAGGAGAUCCAGAGAACUGCUCAUCAGGCAUGGAGCCCUGCCGCACACCAUCCCACAUACCUGGCUACAGGUACAUCGGCCCAACAGCUAGAUGCAUCGUUCAGCACCAGUGCUGCACUGGAGAUUUUUGAGAUGGAUUUCUCAGAUCCUUCUCAGGAAAUGAAGCUCAGAGGAACGCUGUCCACCACCAACAGGUUUCACAGUCUUAUCUGGGUGAAUUUUGGAAUGGGAGCAGAUGGAUCUGCUGGGAGACUCAUAGGAGGGAGUGAAAAUGGCGUUUUAACGGUUUACAGUCCUGACCAAAUAUUAGCGUCUGGGGAAGCAGCAAUAAUCGGGCACUCUGAGAAGCACUCCGGCCCAGUGCGAGCGCUGGACUUCAACCCUUUUCAGAGUAAUCUUCUGGCAUCAGGAGCAAAUGAUUCUGAAAUAUAUAUCUGGGACUUGAAUAAUUUCAGCAACCCAAUGACACCAGGGACAAAAUCUCAGCCUCUCGAGGACGUCAGUGUCGUUGCCUGGAACAGACAGGUACAGCACAUCCUGGCCUCGGCAAAUCCAAGCGGAAAAGCUGUCGUCUGGGACCUGAGGAAGAACGAACCCAUCAUAAAGAUCAGUGACCAUAGCAACAGGAUGCACUGUUCCGGCAUGCUGUGGCACCCUGAGGUGGCCACGCAGCUGGUCCUGGCCUCUGAAGAUGACCGCCUGCCUGUCAUCCAGAUGUGGGAUCUCCGGUUCGCGACCUCCCCUCUGAAGGUUCUGGAGAACCAUACGAGGGGAAUUCUGUCCAUCUCCUGGAGCCAAGCCGACCCAGAGCUGCUUCUCAGCAGCGCUAAAGACAACCGCAUUCUGUGCUGGAAUCCCACCACCGGAGAGGUGAUCUAUGAGCUGCCCACCUCGAAUCAGUGGUGCUUCAACGUGCAGUGGUGCCCCAGGAACCCAGCCCUUCUCUCUGCCGCGUCGUUCGAUGGACGCAUCUGCGUGUAUUCUGUCAUGGGGGGAAGCCUGGAGGCCCAGCAGAAAAUGAGCGCCGACAAGAUCUCCUCCUCCUUCGACACCAUGGACCCCUUUGGGACAGGACAAGCAUUCCCCCCUCUGCAGGUCCCACAGCCUACGGACCAGCCCACCGUGGUUCCCCCUCUGAAGAAGCCCCCCAAGUGGGUGCGCAGGCCAGUGGGGGCCAGUUUCGCUUUCGGAGGGAAGCUGGUCACCUUUGAGAGCCCUAAGCCUCCGCCGCAGCAGCAGGGGCCGCAGCCCCUCCCCAGGCAGGUGUUCGUCAGCCAAGUCGUCACGGAAACGGAGUUCCUGCAGCGAUCCAACGAGCUGCAGGCGGCCCUGCAGUCCGGCGCCUUCUCCGUGUACUGCCAGGGAAAGGUCCAGAAUGCACCCAGCGACUCGGAACAGGAUAUCUGGAGGUUCCUCAAGGUCAACUUUGAAGAUGAUGCUCGUGUGAAGUUUCUCCGCCUCUUGGGAUUCAGUAAAGAUGAACUUGAGAAAAAGAUUUCCUCAAACUUGGGGAAGGACUUCUGCGCUAACGGGCAUGGCGUGGACGCUAACGACCUGGCGGAGAAGAUGCAGCUGCUCUCUGCUCAGAGAUCAGAGGAGUCCAGUGCUGCAGCAGACCCCUCUGCAUCAGACUUCUUCAGUAACCUGCCCAAGGACAAGCCCAGCUUCCAGAUCCCAGUCUCUGCAGACACGGACGGGCUGAUCAGCCAGGCUCUCCUGGUGGGGAACUUCCAGGGAGCGGUGGACCUGUGCCUGAGUGACGGCCGCUUUGCGGAGGCCAUACUGCUGUCCAUCAGCGGGGGCGAGGAGCUGCUGAAGAAGACCCAGCAGAGAUACCUGGACAAGCAGAAGAGCAGCAUCUCAAUGCUCAUAUCUUCAGUGGUCACGCAGAACUGGAGGGACAUCGUGCAGAGCUGCGAGCUUGACAACUGGAAGGAGGCCCUGGCAGCCCUGCUGACCUACGCUCGCCCAGAAGAAUUCGCCCCGCUGUGCGACACACUGGGGUCCCGUCUGGAGGAGCAGGGCCAGGAGAAGCGCUGCCUGCAGGCUUGCCUGUGCUACAUCUGCUCAGGGAACAUCGAGAAGCUGGUGGAGUGCUGGGCCCUGCAGAAGAGCUGCGUGUCGCCCCUGGCCUUAGAGGACCUGGUGGAGAAGGUGAUGAUUCUGCGCAAGUCUAUCGAGCGUCUGCGCGAUGGGGAGGUGGCCGUACAGAGCCCGGUCCUGGCCCAGAAACUGACCCACUACGCCGGCCUGCUGGCUGCCCAGGGGAGCCUGACUGCAGCCAUGAGCUACCUUCCUGCCAACUCUAACCAGGAGGUGAUCCAGAUGCUGAGGGACAGGCUGUUCCACGCACAGGGGGAGGCAGCGGUGGGGCGGCCCUCCACGUUCCCUCAGGCUAAAGUCUCCGUAGGGGGCGCUCCAGUCACCCCAGCGCCCCCCACAGUGCCCUCAACAGCACAGCAGCCUGCGCAGAAGGCAUACAAACAGGGGCCCUACCAGCCUGUGGUGCCCUCUCCCUCUCCGAUGGGAGACUCAGUGCAGCCUUCUGCGCCCACGGUGUUCACUCAACCGGCCCCUCCAGCUGACUCCUUCCCCCCGCCUUCCUACUCCGGGAUGCCUCCUACCUCCCACGUGCCACGGCACGCAUACCCCCAGCAUCCCUCCACCGCCCCGGGUUUCCCAUCAUUCCCGCCGUUCGGUCCUGGAGCGGUCCCUCUGGGAGGCCAGACGGGCUUCCCUCCGCGUCCUGCCAUGCCGGCGUCCAGCCUGGCAGGACCGACGCUGCCCCCAUCCUCCGGCCCCGGCCUUCCCAGCAUGCCCGGCGCGGGCCCCCCUCUUCACGGCAGCUUCAUGCCCCCUGCGUCCCUGCCAUCGGGACCCCCGCCCAGCUCCCAGCCCGGAGCCCCCGUCCCCAUGUUCCCGGGAGGUCACCACGGCCAGGGCCAUGUCCCUCCCAUGCCCACAGCCCCCUACAACCCUCUGGCCCCAGCGUAUCCGCAGGGGGGCCCUGGAGCACCGGCCCCUAAGCCCUUCUCCGGCCCUGCCGUUCCCCCGCCCCCCACAGGACACUUUCCGUGGCUGCAGACCCGUUGUGAGGAUGAAGGGAGUGCACAGGAGGGCUGGAACGACCCCCCCGCCGUGCGCGGAGGUCCAAGGAAGAAGAAGAUCCCAGAUAACUACACUCCUCCUGCCCCCAUCACAGCCCCAGUCAUGGGGUACGCCACUGAGCCAUCCCACCCCCACGAGGGCAUCCAGGCCCCUCCCGGCGCCCCCCAAGAACCCAGUGUCCAGCUCCUCCAGCAGCUCCCAGCAGAGAAGGUGGAGCAGAGGGAGAUCCCAGCGGAGCACCUAGUCCUGAAGGCCUCCUUCGACGGGCUGGUGCAGCGCUGUCAGCUGGCCGCGGGAGACCCGCAAACAAAAAGAAAACUGGAUGAUGCGUCUAAGCGCCUGGAGCACCUCUACGACAAACUCCGAGACCAGACACUGUCUCCCAGCAUCCUCUCUGGCCUUCACGAGGUCAGCCGCUGCAUCGAGAGCCGCAGCUACCAGAACGCCCUGGCCGUCCACACCCAGAUCGUCAGCAGCAGUAACUUCAGCGAGAUCUCCGCUUUCAUGCCGAUCCUCAAAGUGGUCAUGACCAUCGCCAACAAGCUCAGCAUUUGACCACGGGGGGCAGAGAAACUGCUAAUUUCAGUGUUAAAAGGUCCUUAUAAGUUAUAAAUAUAUAUAUAGAUAUUUUUUGAGCAUUUGAGAUGUGCUUUGGUGCUUUAAACGAUAAUAUGCUGCAGACUCUUGGUUUUCAUUUAUCUUUUCCGGGGGUUGUUUUAUGACAUGCUCAUCGUACGCUGCUAAAGGGCUUUUUAGUUCACUUCUUUUCACGCUGACAGUUCUUGUCACAAGAGAGAUUUCGGUUUAAUUUGCUUUCGUUAAAAUUUGCUAAAAUUUCAUGGGGAAAGUACACUAUGAAGGCUUGUGUAAUGCGGGGGUUGUGAGUGCAAGCCGGGCACUGUCUGUGAUAGAGCUGCUUUUGGCCUCACAGGGUUCUGGAGAUGAGGGCACUGGGAGAGGCACUGAAAUAUGUGGGCACUAACCCUGUCUCUGACUUGAAAGGUUGAACAGGGAUUGUCUGUUAUUAUAACACAAACCAAAUGAGGAAGAGAAAGUGUGUGUCUGCGCGUGUGUCUGGUCUAUGCGUGUGUCUCUGUGUGUGCUUGUUUACUAACGCUGGAAUGCAACUGAUUAUUUUAAGCAAACAAGAUUAUUCUUUCAGAAAUUACCCAGUACAUACUGUACCAUAAAUGUUUAUCUGAUCUAUUGCAAACAUACCUGAAGCAUGGUUAACAAAUGUUGCCAUCUUCCAUCGAGGAUUACACAGGAAUUGUGUGGAAGCUUGCGGCUUUUCAUGAAAUGAUAAUGGUUGCCAUGUAAUUUGGUUAGAUGUUCGGCUAUCAAUUUGUUUUUGAGCAGCUAUGGGACGCAGAAAUGCAAGUUCGUUAAACAGCUAGUUAAUUGCUGGCUGGUUGCGUCCUCUGAAUUAUUUUCUGUAUUUGCAGAGACCUUUGCCUCUAAGCCUGAAUAGGCUAUGCUUUCAUUGUGUGAUUCUGUUGUACCCCUGUGUCUAUUGCUGUUCCUUAGUUGCACUAAAAUUGUUAUAUUUCAUGCAUACUUGGAUAUAUUAUCAGGCAUAAGAAAAGUAAUAUUUAUUAUUGCUGGGCAACAAGUUCAAUGCAAUUUACUGAAAUCCAAAUGAUUUGAUAAUUGGCACUGAUUGAAAUGUGGUACGUUUUGAGUGAAGUACUGUUUGUGAAAUGAUUCCACUUACCUUUUACAAUGAAAUUCAAAGACAAAAAAUAGUCUUUUUGGUUGGAUUAUGUGUAACACUUCAAACACAAACAUUUAGAUACAGGUCAUCUGAACUGAGUAUAUUUGUGAUUUAUUUAAUGAGGGCAGCUGUAUUUGUGAACAUUUUUUUUGUCCAAUGGGUGUGCAUUGUGUAAGCACUGCGUCUGCCAUUAAUUAUACUCCUUAUGUCUUAAACACACCUUUUUAAUAUGACCAUUUUGCCCGGUUCAUCGAAAAGUAAAUGUAAAUGUCAUGAUGAGGACAAACGAUGAUAGAAAUACACUGUAGUCAGAGUUUGAACCACCACCCAGUGGUCAGAUUGAACCACUGACUCAGCCAAAAGCUAUGAUUUCAGUCCAUUGGGUUUGCAGCCUGCUUGCUUUCCUUUCUUACAGUUUCACAAUUAGACUGUAUGUAAUCUUUUCCAUUCCUGGUGCUUGACCCCUGUCCUCAAGCUGGCUUCUCAAAGCAAGGCUAACAUCCACUUUAAUGUUUAAGGUACUGUAUGUUAUGUUGAUCUUAAGAAAGAUGCAAGUCCUCCCGAUGACCAGAAUAUCUCCUGCGUGUACAGUAAGCUUGUACAGUACGUUUGUCUGAAUUCCCUCUGUGGCCAGUGUAACCGGAGAGAGUUGUCUUGCUGGUCAUUCGGUGUAAGGAUUGUCACCAUCAACAGAAGGCAGUGCCUCUGAUCCCUUUUCUGCGCAGAUAUUUAUAGUCAAUUUUGCCAAUAUUGUCUUUCAGUGCUGUAUGUUUUUUCAUAUAAAGCAUUGUAUUUGGAA